CAUGAUAUCACCACGCUAUAUUUUACGAUCUACUCAACUUUUAUGGAAACGAUAUCAUUCUACUUAUACAACACCAUCAAUUGAAUAUGUAUAUGGAUUAUCAAGUGUCGCCUGUGCUCUUCAUGCGCAAAAACGUAAAGUGAACCAAAUUUUUGUCCAGCACCGCUUAGAUUCAGACAGUAUUUCCCAUAUCACCGAUAUGUGUCGUGAAAAAGAUAUUCCCAUUAAAACUAUGGACAAAGGACGAUUGAACAAUAUGACCAUGAAUAAACCUCAUCAAGGUGUAGUACUGGAAGCUUCUUCGCGAUAUACUAUUCCUAUCAAGUCACUUACUUGGUCAUCCCAUCUCAUUGAUAAUACAAACGAUACUAUCUAUACUGCACUUCCUACUUCCACCAAAGCAGCACCUUUUGUCUUUCAGAAACCCCGUCAUAGAUUACCAUUAUGGAUUGCCCUUGAUCAAGUUCAAGAUCCUCAAAAUUUGGGUUCUAUCAUACGGACUGCUCAUUUUUUUGGUGUGGAUGGCUUACUUGUCUGUAGCAAAAAUAGUGCUCCACUGAGUGCAGCUGUUUCUAAAGUUAGCUCAGGUGCUAUGGAAAUCAUGGAUGUUUACACAACUCAAUAUUUGGUUAAAUUCUUGGAGGCAUCAAGAGAAGAAGGAUGGGAAAUUAUUGGCGCAGCAUCGGAAUCAACAGCAGCAAGUGAAGGAAAUAGUAAUAGUCAACAACGACCAAGGAUACUUGUAUUUGGAAAUGAAGGCACUGGGCUACGUACCAAUGUGAAAAGAUGUUGUGACGUUUUGAUCAACAUUCCUAGCGGACAACAACGGUUAGAAAAUGGUAACAUGGUCAAACAAGAAGAAAGAUAUCCAGGUUUCGUCGAUAGUUUGAAUGUGGGUGUAGCCAUGGGUGUCCUUAUCAAUACUUUAUUAUCCUCUACCUCCAAUCAUCAUUAGAUAUCCCAACCUACACAUCAAUAGAAAUAAAUUGACAAUAUUGUAGAUAGAUAUUUUUCUCCAUUCAAUGCAUUGUAUAUUAAUAAAAAAAAAUACUUGAUUUAUUAUGUA